GCUCCUUUUGCCACGCUUGAAGACCUUGCCUUUCCUCGCGUGUGGCGUCUACCUCGUGGCACGACUCUUGUUCUCACCUGAGGCGCCAUGUCUUACCUGUCCGUGCUCUGCCGCCGCGUAGUCCUGCUCGGCCUGCAACCCAGCCGCCGCCUCGCCCACUCAGGGCCCCCGCGCCGGCAGCACUUGUCGCCCGCUGAAACUGCUGUUGGAAUUUUGAUGAUUUUUAGCGCCUUUUUAGCACCGGCUGCAUAUGGGCUAACCAGUCUGAGCCAGUUCAGAAAACAGUAGCUGGAAGAUAUUGAGCAGCAGCUGGGGUCCAAAAAGCUUUCAGAAGAAACUGUGACUUGAAAUGAGCAGGAGUGCUUAAGUUGGGUUCAUUGUGGGCAUUCACUUUCAUAACCAUAUGUUUAUGGUAAAUAUUUUGCACUUUUAAUCGUGUGCAUUAUAUAAAUGAGUAGUCAAAAACACUGUUCUGUUUAAAUGUUAAAUAAAAUUGAAAUGCUUAUUCAUGCUUAAUAUA